GGGCCGCUCCCUGGCCUCGCUGCCCUGCCAGUCGCCUAUGAGCUCCUGCUCCUUCCUGGGCCUGCAGCCCUGAAGAAUUUGUUCACCCAGGUAGGAGCGUCGCUGUGGGCAGCAGGCGGUGGCAGCGGGCUAGCGGCCGGGCUGACCACCUCUGCCUGACGCAGAUGCCUAAGGCCAGGCCCGGCAGCCUGCCCACGACCUCCAUCGGCUGGCGCUUCCAGCUCUGGUCCCUAGGACUCUCCUCUCCGGAGCGCCACCUGGCCAGGCGCCUCAAAAACAAUAGCUUCUACCCAUUCAUGCAGCAGCAGCCAAACGUCUUCGUGCUCGAGUACUACCUGGACACGCUGUGGAAGGGGAUGCUGCUCUUUGUCGUCUGCGUGGUCCUGGUCAGCUUGGGCUCCCUGAGAGAGGUACAGAAACAGGAGACCUGGGUCUUCCUCGCGUACGGCGUGGGCGUGGGCCUGUGGCUCGUGAUCUCGUCGCUCCCGCGACGCCGCCUGGUGCUGAACCACACGCGCGGCGUGUACCACUUCUCCAUCCAGGGCCGCACCGUGUGCCAGGGUCCCUUGCACCUGGUCUACGUGCGCCUGGCCCUCAACUCCGACGCCUACGGAAGGUGCUUCUUCCAGCUGGUCCUCGGCGGCCACAGGUUGGAGCCGCUGGUGCUGGUGCAGCUGUCGGAGCGCUACGAGCAAAUGGAAUACUUGGGCCGUUACAUCGCCCGGAAACUCAACAUCAACUACUUCGACUACCUGGCCACCUCCUACCGGCACGUGGUUCGCCACUGGCCACCCCCUAGCGCCGCACCGUGAUGCGUAAGAACCCCGUGGGUCACAAGCCCAGCUCCUCUCAGUCCAGCCUGGAGGUGUGACACCUGGAGGUGUGAUUCUGAGGGCCUCCUCCACCCCAGGACUGCGUUCUCGGUAACCUCCCAGCCCCACUCUGGGGCAGAUCAAAUUGUGAGACCCAUUCACUGUCCUUUCUUUCAAUAAAGCUGCCUCAGCUUC